UAGAGAUUAAACCAGAAGAAAAUGAUGUGGUGACCAUUUCUGAGCCCAGCUAUUCCAUAUGGAAUGCAGUGUCCCAUGCCCUCCAUAAAACGCUGUUGAACAAAAUUGAAAUGGGAUCUAAAGCAUACAGAAACAUGGACCGGCUUCUUCCAUGCCAGGAUGCAUUGACUUAUGAUGACGUGCAUGUGAACUUCACUCGGGAAGAGUGGGCUUUGCUGGAUCCUUCCCAGAAGAGUCUCUACAAAGAUGUGAUGCUAGAGACAUACUGGAACCUGUUUGCUAUAGGCUACAGUUGGGAAGGUCAUAAUAUGGAAGAGUAUUGUCAACCUUAUAGAAGACAUGCAAGGUAUGAAAACAGUCAUAGUGGAGACAAACACCCUGAAGAUACUCAAUGUGGUAAAGCCUUUGCAUGUAACAGUAGUCUCAAAGUACAUAAAGGAAUUCACACUGGAGAGAAAACAUAUGAAUGUAACCAAUGUGGAAAAGCGUUUGCAUCUAACAGUGAUUUCCGAAGACAUAAAAGAACACACACUGGAGAGAAACCUUAUGAAUGUAAUCAGUGUGGUAAAACCUUUGCAUGUAACAGUAAUCUCCUAAUACAUAAAAGAAGUCACACUGGAGAGAAACCUUAUGAAUGUAAUCAGUGUGGUAAAGCUUUUGCAUGUAACAGUAAUCUCCUAAUACAUAAAAGAAGUCACACUGGAGAGAAACCUUAUGAAUGUAAUCAGUGUGGUAAAGCCUUUGCAUGUAACAGUGAUCUCCUAAUACAUAAAAGAACUCACACUGGAGAGAAACCUUAUGAAUGUAACCAAUGCGGUAAAGCCUUUGCACAGAGAAGUACUCUUCUAAUACAUAAAAGAACUCACACUGGAGAGAAACCUUAUGAAUGUAACCAUUGUGGUAAAUCCUUUGCAUGUAACAGUAGUCUCCAAAUACAUAAAAGAACUCACACUGGAGAGAAACCUUAUGAGUGUAACCAAUGUGGUAAAGCUUUUGCACGUAACAGCAUUCUCCAAAUACAUAAAAGAACUCACACUGGAGAGAAACCUUAUGAAUGUAAUCAGUGUGGUAAAGCCUUUUCAUGUAACAGUACUCUCCUGCUACAUAAAAGAACUCACAGUGGAGAGAAACCUUAUGAAUGUAACCAUUGUGGUAAAGCAUUUACACAUAAGGGUAAUCUCCUAAAACAUAAGAGAAUGCACACUGGAGAGAAACCUUAUGAAUGCAACCAGUGUGGUAAAGCCUUUGCACAGAAUAGUCAUCUGGUAGCACAUGAAAGAACUCACACUGGAGAGAAAUCUUUUGAAUGUACCCAAUGUGAUAAAGUCUAUGCAUUUCCCGAAUCGUCUCUAAAGACAAAAUGAACACAUCCUGGAGAACAACCUUAUGAAUAUAAGCAGUGUGGAAUCACCUUUGUACAACACAGUCAUUUCCUAAUACAUAAAAAUCCAUGUUGCAGAAAAUCCUUAUGAAUAUUGUCAAUGUCCUAAAGUCUUUUCAUGUAAGAGUCAUCUUGAACAAGAACACUUUCUGGAGUGAAACCCUAUGAAUGUAACCAAUGUGUUAAAACCUUUGUAUGCCAUAAUAAUCUGCAUGCACAUAGAAGAAUGCACACUGGAAAUUGUAUGAAUGUAACCAAUGUGAUAAAGUAUUUUGACAGGAUAGUAAUUUCCUAUAACAUGAAGACAUACUGGAGAGAAACCUUAUGAAUGUAACCAAUGUGGAAAAUUUGCUCCUCACAAUCAUCCUCAAAGUCAUGGAAGCAUUCAUAUUGAACAGAAAGACUAUGAAUGUAUUUAAGGUGGUUAAGCUGUUCCACAUUUGUAUAACCAUCAUCAUGAAAGAAUUAGAACUGGAGAGAAACUUUAUAAAUGUUUCAAAAUGUGAGCCCUUUGCAUAUGUCUAUCGUCUUCAUCAUAAAAGUUUCAUACUGGACAGAAAUUCUGAGUACAUAAGCAACAUGGUAAGGCCUUUGUGUUUUUCGGUCCACAGAAUCCAAUACAACUCAAACACAUGUUCAAGGCAAAUGACAAAAAUGUAUUUUCACCCAGUCACUACUGGUUGGUUAGUGGUACAUAACAUUCUUGGGAACUGAACUGUGAUACCUAUCCACCCACUAAGCCAGAAAGUUACAGAGGUUCUGAGUUGAAAAUCAUAAACAUCUCUGCCAUUUUACAACUAAGUUAUUUCCAUCAGUCAUGGUUAAGGAUAUGGGAUUUGUUUAUGGCAUUGAGGAAUUCACCUGAUGCAAAAGUGUAGAUUUUACAGUCCAAACAGUCAUAUCCAUUUGUUCUUUUGUGGUUAGGAAAAGGUAUUAUGUUUUAGGGAAGAGAAAAUGUGGUU